CUAGGAAACUUCGGCCUCACCCGCAGUGAUAUCUCCGAGACGCGGACGCGAAACGCGUGUAUCGCAAGUCCAAAACGCACAAAAGCUCGAGUCUCUUCCUCCGAUCAAAAACCCAAACCCUAGAAAGUCAAAUUCCCCCCAAAAAAAUCCCCAAAUUCCAUCAUGGGAAACACCGAGAAGCUGAUGAACCAGAUCAUGGAGCUCAAAUUCACCUCCAAGUCGCUCCAGCGCCAGGCCAGGAAGUGCGAGAAGGAGGAGAAAUCCGAGAAGCUCAAGAUCAAGAAGGCAAUGGAGAAAGGCAACGUCGACGGCGCCCGGAUCUACGCCGAGAACGCGAUCCGGAAGCGCACCGAGCAGAUGAACUACCUCCGCCUCGCCUCGAGGCUCGACGCCGUGGUGGCGCGGCUCGACACCCAGGCCAAGAUGUUCACCAUCAACAAGUCAAUGGGCAAUAUCGUCAAAUCGCUCGAGUCGUCGCUGGCCACCGGAAACCUCCAGAAGAUGUCGGAGACCAUGGACUCGUUCGAGAAGCAGUUCGUGAACAUGGAGGUUCAGGCCGAGUUCAUGGAGACCGCUAUGGCUGGCUCCACCUCGCUUUCGACGCCGGAAGGUGAGGUCAAUAGCUUGAUGCAACAGGUUGCGGAUGACUAUGGCCUUGAGGUGUCCGUUGGCCUGCCUCAGCCAGCUGCACAUGCCGUGCCCGCCAAGGAAACCGAGAAGGUCGACGAGGACGAUCUCUCCAGGAGGCUUGCGGAGCUCAAGGCUAGAGGUUAAAUUAGCAAAGCGAUCAGCUUGCAUUGCGAAUUAGAAUAUAUAUGAAAUGCUUUUGUAUUUGUACUCAUUGCUAAUUAUGAGUUAUGGCUCGUGUUGGAACAAUUUGCAACUUGAUAUUUGUGUAUAUUUAACGAAUUUGAAUUCGCUGCCA